UUGACAGGCGCUGCCCGCCGCCGCUCUAUCUAACCAGGACUCAGCAGCGGCGCUUAGCAAAAGCACUCAGGCUCUAGAGCAGUUCCUGCAGCUCCAUGCAGACACCUUCCUAACCCAGCACUCAACCAAAACGGGGGGUGGGGAGGAACCGCAGCUCUAUGCUGGCUCUCCAGUAACAAACGAACUCUCUCCUUUCUCUCCCUCUCUCUCUCCCUCUCUCUUUUUCUAUCUCUUGAUUUUUUUAAACAAAUCUUUUGUUCUGUUUUGUUUUUUGGAAAGCAAUGUCUUAUCCUCAGGGUUAUCUAUACCAGCCAGCAGGGUCGCUGGCUCUUUACUCGUGCCCAGCAUACAGUGCCUCCGCGCUGACCGCCCCAAGGAGCGACGAACUGGGCAGAGCCUCGUCCGGCUCCGCGUUCAGUCCCUACGCAGGCUCGGCAGCAUUCACAGCCCCCUCUGCAGGCUUCACUAACCCGCUUCAGUACUCAGCUGACCCCGCUACUGGAUUCCCGUCCUACAUGGGUUCGCCCUACGAUGCCCACGCCACAGGGAUGGCUGGAACCCUCAGCUACCACCCUUACGGUAACGCUGCUUAUCCUUAUCAACUCAACGACCCCGCUUACAGGAAGAACGCCACCCGCGACGCCACGGCCACGCUCAAAGCCUGGCUCAACGAGCACAGGAAAAAUCCCUACCCCACCAAAGGGGAGAAGAUCAUGCUGGCCAUCAUCACCAAGAUGACCCUGACCCAGGUCUCCACUUGGUUCGCCAACGCCAGGAGGAGACUCAAGAAGGAGAAUAAAAUGACCUGGGCUCCCAGGAACAAGAGUGAGGACGAGGAGGAAGAAGAUUUAGGCGAAAGUGAAAGAAGCAAAGAAGAAAGUUCUGAGAAAAAACAUGAUCACAUCGAAACUUCAGCCGAGGAUGAAGGUAUUAGUUUACACGUUGACACACUGACUGACAGUUCCUGUUCCCCCGAAUGCGAAGGCGAUAAAGUAAACAGAGUGGAGGACAGCAUUUGCGAAUCUGGGUCAGAAUCGAAGGAAAAAUGUGACAAUUGUAUUGUUGAUGAUGAUGAUGAAGAUGAUGAUGAUGAUGAUGAUGAUGUUGAUGAUGAUGGUGGCAGCGAUGAGGAGGAAGAGGGCAGGGACCUAUCCCACAAAACUAUGAAUUCCUCGCCUCUCACUAGAGUGGAUGCCACACUCCUGAAUGUGCAAGAAGAAGAGAGCUCAGGGAGUGGGAAUAAAAAUCGCCUGAACAGUAUAAUCUCUUCAACUUCACAAACUCAAGGCAGCAAACCCAAGCUCUGGUCUUUGGCGGAAAUCGCCACCUCGGAUAUUAAACAGCAGAUCGGUCAGAUAUGUUCUUCAUCGCCGACCUCCUCGUCAUCAUCGUCUAGCUCUACUUAUCCGGCUACUUCAAUCCUUGGCAGGCCCAUUUACUACACGUCCCCCUUUUACACUAACUAUACGAACUAUGCUAACUUUAAUCACCUGCAAAGCCAAGGCAUACUGCGGUACAGCACCAACGAGACUGUCUUAAACACUGCUUCUAUACACAAACAGUGUACUGAUCCGCUGAAAAAUACCAGUUCUCAGCUGGAGCAGCACUUCAGAGCCAUGAACUACGACUCCAAAAAAGACCCCAGUGAUGUCUGCACAGUAGGAGUGCAACCAUAUCUAUAGAUGUAUUAUCAGCAGUGCAAGUAAGUGAUCAUGUGCAUUGAAACAUCUAAAUUAUUAAGUUUAGAAUCAAAGCCUUGAAAGCAAACGAUAAAUAUUUUUUAAAAUCACACAAAGGAAAUAUUCCUCUCACAGAAAAUUGAAUCAACUUGAUUAGGCUGCUAAUUUAUAGGCAUGAAAUCUUUAGGGUGUAAGGGAAGCAUGAACCCCUAUCACAAUUCCUGCAGUAUUUGAAGCGAGUUGUGGUUACUGCGUCUUUAAAACCGUGACAGCUGUGCGAUAACAAUUGAAUGGGUUGGUUGACUGGGUUUUCUUUUAUUUCCUUGGUCUGCAGGUAGGUGUCACAAUUGCUUUGAAAAUGUCAGCGAGCCAUCCCCCAGCUAUUAAGCAAAAAAAUGUACAUAAUACCGGAUCACAUCUUGUGCCACUGUAUAGAGAAGACCCACAGAGCACUAUUUUAAUUCCACAGAUUAUGUUAUUGAGAGAGCAAAUCCGUGCAACAUAUCUGUGCAUUUGUUCGUUAAUUAUUAUUCUGUAUAUGUGAUUUUUGGAAAAUAAUGUCUUCUCAGGUUUUCUUCACGAUCCGUUUAUUUGCCACGUUCUAGGUGUAAUGCGGCUUUAUUGUAAAACUAUUUGUAGAUAUACAGUAGAACAAUGUGAUUGAAGAACUUGAGUCUCUGAAAAAUGGAAAACAUUUGAUAUUUAUUUUUGUAAUGAUAACACAAAGCUUCUAGUAAUUUAUGCAAGUUGUAUUGCAAUGGAAACUGAACAUUUUGUAAAUAAAUCUGCUUGUUAUUUUGGAAACGUGAUGACAAUUACAAUCUGUUUGGUUGUUAUAAGCACUCUUUGCUAAUUUAUAUCUUAAAAUGUAAAUAAAAUUGACUGGCCUGUAACUGCAA